GAGUUCUGGGCAGACAGAGGAUAACAGGCGCUGCAGGAGAGGACUGAAAACACAGAGGGAACACGCUGUAAACGAAGCAUCUGCAGCCUUCAGACUCUGACAUGAUGGAGCUCUAUCUCGACCUGCACUCCCAGCCCUGCCGCUCUGUCUUCCUGUUUGCAAAAGUUGUCGGGAUUCCCUUUGAGUUUAAGGAUGUCAACCUCGCCGCAGGGCAGCAGUACAGCGAGGAGUUUGGAAAAAUCAGCAUCAUGAGGAAGGUUCCUGUCAUGAAGGAUGGAAGUUUCAUUCUGACGGAAAGCGUUGCGAUCCUGAAGUACAUGGUGCAGAAAUAUUCGUCGUCAGUGGCAGAUCACUGGUACCCAGCUGACCUGCAGCAGCGAGCUCGUGUUAAUGAAUACCUGUCCUGGCAGCACACGAACCUCAGAGCUCAUGGGUCAAAGGUCUUCCUGCUCAGGGCUCUGUUUCCUGUCAUCAUGGACUCUGAGGUCCCGAAGGAGAAGAUGGACGCUGCUGUCGAGGAUUUGAAUCAGUCGCUCAACAUGCUGGAGGAGAAGUUCCUGCAGAACAAACCAUUCAUCCUUGGCAACAAGAUCUCUCUGGCUGACCUGGUGGCAAUAGUUGAGGUCAUGCAGCCGAUUGCAACUGGACUGGAUGUGUUUGAAGGCCGGCCGAAGCUCAUAGCCUGGAGGGACCGACUGAAGAAGGAGCUCGGCGAAAAGUUGUUUGACGAAGCUCACGAUGUGAUCAUGAAGGUGAAUAGCCUGGCGGAGAAGAUGCAGGGCAACAGCAAUCUGGAGAUGCUCAAACCGAAGUUCCGGAAGAUUUUCAGCUGAAGAAGUUUCUGUGUACAAACAGAGAUAAUGCGACUGCUGUUGAUGUCUAAGAGUCUUUUUUUAGUCAGCCUCCAGGAAUUAAAAUAUUUGGAAAACUGUG